AUGUCCUAUGUUCCUCUGACUAGGCCACAGUCUUUGAGAGACCAACCAAUUGAUCAGAGUCCCAAGCCCCUAUCGUCAAUGAAGGACACUGAUGACAGUAUUAGUGGAAAGGAUUAUAUUGAGGAGCUCCCAACCCAAAUCAAUACUGCUCCGACCACCUACAGUCUACCUCCACCUUCUCUUAGAGUACCUUUCCUUCAUCUUUCUGCCUCACCUUAUCCAAAAAUGACCUCAAUGAAGCCCAACUCCUAUCCAGCUCCUUCUCAACUACCCAUUCACCAUUCCAUUCCCUCCCUCCCAUCUCCCAAGGCUAUUCCUUCCCCAGUAGCCAAGCCUACUCUACCACCCCAACCUACUCAUCCUUCUCCAUCCAAGGAGAUCCCAAUGUAUCAACCUGAUCCUUCAUUAUCCGCCAAACCAAGCACUUACUACAACUCAAAGAAUUUGAAUGGCAUUGAAGAGUCAUUCGCCGGCCCAAUGACAACUGAUACCUUGAACAUAGCAAAUGUCCCAGUAUUAACCAGUAGCACUACAAUGACAACAACAACAACAACUUCUACAACAAAGACAACUGAUCAGAACCUUCAGCCAAAGUUCAUCACAAAGACAACGACAUCCACCGAGAUCGUAUCACCUACAUCUUCCAUGACAACACAGGUCAGUGUACAAUACAAAGAUGAUGUCCUUUACAUCAAGACGAUUGCUGUUGAACCUGAGGAAGACAUGCGUGCAACAAUAGACAACAACACAAACACAGGUAGAGGUACAGGUUCAGGAGCAGGAGCAGGUUUGUUGUUUGCAUUCUCUAUUGGUUCAUUGUUUGGAUGGUCAAAGAAAGAGGAUGAUGAUGCUAUGCUGUUGCCUUCAAAGCGCAAAUCAAAGGAGCCCGUGACUGACUUUGAAGGAGCGAUGGAGUGGUAUCAGACAUACUAUCAGUUGCCAGAUCUAGACAACUUUGUGGCGGCAAUGUCAUUGUUGUUGGGCAAGGAGUCGCAGAUGUACCUGAAGGCACAGCUGGCCAGUGUCAAGAACGAUAAGGACAUGCAGACCAUCGCCAAGAUGCAGACCAUUCAAUCGUUCUACUACAUCCCAAUGGUUGGCUUCAUGGCCGAGCUGUUCAAACAGAACCCCGCAAAGAUGCAGGAGUGGUACGACGCGUUGAUGAGCCGCGAGGACAUCACCACGCCCUGGAAGUCGACCCUGGGCAACCUUGACCCAGCCAUGCUGCUGGCACUGGCCGUCAGUUUGGUAGAGGGCCCACAGAGCGACUUGAUCCAACAAUCGAUCGUGAAGAGAUCAUUGGGCAAGGACUCUGACAACGAAACCAAGAUCAACGAGGGUCUGACCGCGCUCAAGACCUGGUCAAAGAAACAGAAGGAGAGUCUGCCAACCUAUCCCUUGUUGAUGAUUGGCGAGUACCUGUGCACUGGUGACGAGCAGAUCGUCAAAAAGAUCGUCUCGAUGUGGCGUCGCUCACUGGACAGUCUGGAAAAGAUGGGCAUGUCCACAACAGUCGUGUCCAACACCAGCAACGAUAUCAAUCGCAAGCUCGAGUUCCAACAGCGUGAGAUGAUCAUUGACGAGCUCAGUCAAGCCAUCAGACUACUCUUUAAGGAUGCCAAAGCCAAGCGCAUCCUCAAUGAGGAGCUUGACCAUCAUCUCAAGUCAAGAGAUGACAAGAAGUAA